AUGUUCGGCAACACAACUAAUAAACCGUCGAUUUUUGGCGGUGCAAACACCACAACUUCUUCAUCCGGCUUUUCGUUUGGUCAGAACACCCCGACUACUACUAAUUCGGGUACGAUUUUGUUUUUGCCCCAUAUUUUCCAAACAAUUAUGUUGCAGGCGGUAUGUUCGGAGGAAACACAGGCGCCGCCACUGGAGGAAGCUUCACAUUUGGCGGCAAUUCGACGCAGCCCACUUCUGUUGGAGGCGGCCUUUUCGGAAACAGCACAGCUGCGGGUAUCCCAGUCGUUUUGUGAAAAAACGAAAAUAAAUUAUUUUCAGCUCCAGCAAGUGGCAGUAUGUUCGGAGGAACGACUGCUCCAUCUGCAGCUCCAUCCAGUGGACUUUUCGGUGGAAGCACUUCUGCCGUCCCUGCUUCUACGAAUCUUUUUGGUAGUUCGAACACAAGUGCUGCUCCGGCCGCGACAACAGGUGCAUUCGGCGCUCCCGCUCCUUCUGCUGGGCUUUUCGGACACAGCAACAAUAACGCGGAAGUCCCCGCGACUGGUGGACUUUUUGGGUCUACAAAUGCAGGAACGACUCAGGCACCAUCUGGAGGUCUCUUUGGAAACACUAAUGCAGCUGCACCAGGUACAGGAGGAUUUUUCGGAUCAACUGCCGCUACGACUGCCGCUGCUCCAUCGGGAGGAUUAUUUGGAAUUACAGCGAACACUGCUCCGGCGACUACUGGCGGUCUUUUCGGCUCUACUACAGCUGCUCCGGCCACAACCUCAACUGGCUUAUUCGGAUCAUCCACAGCAGCUCCAGCAGGCACUGGAGGCCUCUUCGGAACUGCCCCAGCUGCCACAACUGGAGGAAUCUUCGGAACGACGACCUCAGCGGCCGCUCCUGCGACCACUGGACUUUUCGGAACAACAACUAACCCGACAACUACUCUAUCUUCGACUGGCGGAAUAUUCGGAUCAACUGCUCCGGCCACCGGGGGAUUGUUUGGUGCUGCUGCUGCAGCCAAACCUGCGACCCCAGCUGCCUCGACUGGAUUGUUUGGAGCCGCGGCUCCAGCAUCUAACACUGUAACCACUGGACUUUUCGGGUCAACUACUCCUGCCACAACUGCUGCUGCUGCUCCCAGUGGACUUUUCGGAGCAGCUCCAGCUGCUGCUCCGACUACAGGACUGUUCGGUAUAUCCUCAGCUGCGCCAACUGCCACUGCUCCGGCUGGUGGAUUCUUUGGAUCUACCCCAGCAACCACUUCCGCCGCAGCACCGACCGCUGGAUUGUUCGGAACUUCCACUGCCACCGCCACCGCUCCGGCAGCUGCGCCUUCGGGAGGAUUGUUUGGAACAAACCCAGCCGCCUCCGCAACUACUACUACUCCAGCCGCAGGAGGCUUGUUUGGAUCCACCCUUGCCACCACUGGUACUGCUCCUGCCUCAGCUCCGUCCGGUGGUCUUUUCGGUAAGACCACAGCUGCAACCACUGCUUCUCUUGCUCCGGCCGGUCUUGGGCUUUUCGGAAGUGCCCCAGUCACAACUACCGCGGCGACAACGGCUCCAGCUACUGGAGCACUCUUCGGAGCUACUCCAUCUGUCGCAACAACGACCGCUCCUGUCGCCGCACCGUUCGGGGCUCCGGCAAUUUCCACUGUAUCUACUGGCCUGACUCUCGGAAAACCUGCUGCGAGCACUACUCUCACUCUUCCGUCCACUAUUAUAAGCACGAGCACUCCGAAACCAGCAGAUGGGACUUCCAGUAUCGGUCUUAUCGGCACUCCAUUGGCCAAGGGAUCUGGGUCAGUUUUCUACCUAUUAGUUCACGUUUCGAAAAACAAUUUACAGAUGGACUACGGGCGCUAUCGGAGGACUAAAAGGCGCGGCGAGUGGCCCGACAGAUUUGAAGAUCGGAGCGAGUGGAAGUGACACUCUUUCUGAGGAGGAGAUCAAGGCGGGCCUUGCCGGAAGUGACACGAAGGCAUUUUUUACUGCUCUGCAGGAAGUCGUCAACAGUUAUCAUGCCGAAAUUGUUAAACAGGAACGCACUUUCCACACAAAAAUGCUCGAGUUGAAUGCAUACGAUCGAGAGCUCAUUUCCUUGGAACCAAAAGUUCUCGGACUGUACACUGAGAUGGAUGAGCUGAACGGAAACUGCAAGAAGCUCAAUUUCAACAUUGGAUCGAUGACUUCCGUGCUGAAUGAUGUCGAAGAGACGGUCGCAGAGCUGGAAAAGAAGCUGAAUCUUCCUGAAUGGACUAAUCUCGAUUACAAGUUCCCACUGGAUAGCAGAUUUGCCAGCAGACACGAUGUGCAGAGAGUUCAGAUGUAAAAAUGGGCAGUUUUUCAAACAAAUUCAAAUUUUCGUUCUUUCAGUGCUCAAAUGAUGUUAAAUGUGGACGCACAGAUGAAGUCAGCUGAUUACGAUCUAGAUCAGAUCAGUGAGUCGCUCAAGUCGAUGCAAUCGAAUUCCCUGAAGACGAAAACCGACACUCCAUUGGAGAAGACCGAGUUGAUCCUGAAGAAGCAGUUGCAGAAGCUCAUUGAACUGAACGCACAGCACGGUACAGCAGGCUAACUGAACAGCUCAAUUAAUCUUGUCAUCUUUCCAGAAGACACCCGUGCGAAGCUGGCCAAGCUGAAGGACGACCACAGUCUACGACUGAACAACUCGAAGGCCUAA